AGGUGGUUGGUGUUUCCAUUCUAUAAUAUGCUUUUCCAUCAAGCUGUGCCGCUCAGUUUGGACUUGUUUAUUUAGCCGUGCGAACAUGCUCUGGUGAAUACUGUAAUACACAUCGCGUGGAUUUCUCAGCAGCAGCAGAAGCCGACAACAUGCAGUCGCUCUACCUCUGUUCUGCGGCUUUGUUUGUCCUGCUCGCCAGUGCCCGAGGGGCGGAUUACUCGCUGAAAAACCCUGCGGCCGAGGACCCACGCAUUCAGAAGCAACAGCCGUUCCACUGGGGAACACCGCCGCCGGGCCACCGCGUUAAGCUCGGCUUCGUGCCCAUCAAAGUGCUGGCCAGCGUGCGUCACGAGAAGAGUACGAAGUUCGUGCCGCGGCGGGAGGCGCUGUCCGACGCCACCACGCCGGAGGAAAUCGUGCUGGCCAAGAGGCUGAAGGAGGCGAUCACCACCAAGAAAUUGGGCGAGGUGUACACCGAGCAGGGCUACGAGGACCAGAAAUACGACCACGGCCACUUCGAGAAGCAGGGCGACUUCAAGGAGCAGUUCCAGAACCACGACAUUAAGGAGCACAAAUCCGAGCACGCCGACUCCUCCGGAGAUCAGGCUACGCACGCCACGGUGGACGUUCCCGCAACCAAGGCGGCAGUGGAUGUCGUAAAGUACCCGUUCUAUCUGAGUGCCCCAGAAAACUCGGCCAAAAGGUACGCUACCAACCCUAAACUCCUGCCUGACAAAAAGAAUAACCCUGAUUUGCCGUUUUACGAGAGCACUAAUUACAAGGAAUGCCCUGACAUUGCCCCGGUUCUAAGCGUCGGGCCGGACGAUAAAGGUCCCAAGGGCGAGCCCCGCUUGCGUGGGCUGGGAGACAAGAUUGACUGCCUGGUCUCCAAGUACUUUGGCGCGGAUCCGUUCGACAACCCCCUAUUCAAAGAGGAAAAGGUGCAUGCUGGCAGUAUUAACCCCCAAACCCUACUCCCAUCCGAAACUAACACUGGGCCUGUCUUGUUCAUUACUAACGCGUCGAAAAAGGAGCAGGCCGAGAAGGAGGCGCGCACCAAGAAGAUGCGACAGGCCAAACAGGCGAAGAAAAAUAAGCAGAAUCUGAUCAUGGCAAGUGCUGCCACGGAGGAGAUAAAAGGCCUGAUGCCGCCGCCCCUGCCGAUCAGACUGAGGAAAGCGCGAGACAUCGGCGCUCCUGUCAUUUACUCGACCAGGCAGGGUGGUGUCAAGUUCCUGGCCGAGAGCAAAGCGGCCGACGCCCCACACCCCAGCCGCCGUCUCUCGGGAAAAUUCGGUGCCAGAUCCUACGAGGUGACCGAGGAGCCUGAGGAGCAGCCCCUGAGGGCGUUUCCGGUCCGCACGACCAAGAUCGAGCGGCACAGACUGAACCAGGAAGAGCCUGCCCUGUACAGCUCCACGUACGUGCCUGAAGCUGCCGCCGCCCCCGCCGAGGAGGCCAUCACGACCAAGUGGAAUGCCGCCCCCGCCCCCCGCCAGCCGGAGAACGUGAUUCUCGCCGCCGAGACCCCAGAACCUCCCCCGAGACCCCAGAAGGCGCAAUCCAGAGGCCGCGCCAGGGUGCACGCGGCCAUUCCGGAGGACAUUUUUGACGGUCGUGGCGAACGCCGCAUCCGGCCCCCGGCGGCCCAGACCGAGGUGCAGCGCAGCAGGCAGCGAAUCCGUGCGCCGAAACGCGUGCAGACGACGGCGGUCGACUCGGAGGUCACCACCGUCACAAAAUACGCCGAGCCGGCCACGGAGGCUCCUCUUCCGGUCUUUGAAUCGCCCUUAAAUCGGCCAAUUCCUCCCCCAGAAGAGAAAACCACAGAAUUUAUCGCUCCUGAUAAGGAAAAUCUCGACAUCUCCAAUAUAUUAUCUGCCGAUCCAAUUCCCGCGGUGCCCGAGACGACGACGAAUUCCGUCGCAGCAGCCCCUAUCGAGCUCGAGGCGGCGACCACCACGACGACGACCACGACAACAACCACCCCUGCUGCGACGACGGUGGCAUCGACUCGCGGAAGACAGCGGUCGUCGAGCAGCAGGUCGAGAGACCGCAGCCCGGAACCGGCCACCAAGCCCCAGCGGGCCAGAGGGAGACAAACUGAAGCUGUCGCGGAAGCUGACGAUGAAAAAGUCGUCGCCACGACCCGUCGCACCGUGCGACGAGGCAGGCAGAGGACCAAGCCAGACGAAGCCGAAAAGCCGCUCCGCAACGCUCCAGAGGCCACCGAAUCUGUUGGAGCAGCGACAAAUCAAAGAGCGAGACCGACAUCUCCCGAGGUCCCCGUCUCUUCUGAACACAGGAAUCAAGAAUUUUCACGUGCCAGGGGGAGGAAGAGAUUUAAUCCGCCUGCCCAUCUCGACGAGCAGACGUGAACCUGACUGAAAUCGAUGCCUGCAUCAUCCCCCGUCCAUCCCCCAAUCGACCAUCAUUCAUUUAUUCAUUACACUCCAUUUUCAGACUCUCUAUCUCUCUGUAGAACGUACACACACACAUCUACCCACUAAUCUAAAAAUUUUUUCGAUUGUGCAUGUGGCAUGCUUGCGGAGGAAAUUUUGCACUGGUUGCGGUUUGCGCGGAAUGGCGAAAAAGAUCGCCAUUGUGGAGCAACUUGUGGGAGUGGGCGCGCAAUAAAAUCCAAGUGACUGUGAACAUUUCCAACAACAGAGUCGAGUGGAACCCUGGCCACUACUGCUUCUUCAUCUUCUGCUCGCCGCGCGGCAAAAAAGCGGAGGGCCAAAAAAUUGCGGACGCCGUCGAGCGUGGCCGGGAAAAAGAGGCCAGCCAGACAAUCUCGUCGGCCGCACCUGUGGCGUCGUCCUACGAGCCACCAGCCGCAAUCGCCGUCCGCCCCGAUCAAUAUUACGCCGCCAACGCGGCCUGGCCGCCGGUGCAAUGGAUCGUCCCGCAGCCGCAAAAUACCUGACGCAUAAUUAUUCGCACGUUGAUGCACGCAAAUUUUAUUGUAGCUGUUAUUAAAAAGAUAAUAAUUUAUUGAAGUCCCCCCUACCGUCAGUUAGCUAAUAGCAGUCUGUCUAUUUUCUAAGUGUGUAUUUAUUUUACUACUGCAGAGAGAGUCCAAAACUGUUAUAAAAAUAAUUCUGCUCUUUUAGUUUUAAACCUGUUGUGCUAAAUAUUACCUCUUAUUGAUGAAUUUCUUAGGAAUUUCUUUUUUUCUAAGCUAUGUAGAUCGCAUGUCAAAAUUUACUAAAAAAGAAUCGAGAAAAAUUCUUAAAUAGAGCUUUUAUAGUCAGGAAAAGCUUAAAUUUAAUUAAAUUGCGCAGAGAUGUGAAUAACAGAAUCAAUUGAAGCACUCGCAUCUCUGCACAAUUAAUUUAUUUUUAAUCUCUGUGUAAAUUUAAUUUCCUGCUCCAUCUAUUGGAAUUCUUCUCAAUUUGAUUUAUCAUCCUGUUGAUUCUUAAUUAGUUUUAAAGCAACAUUCCAUAACCUCCCCUGCAAAAAGGUAAAGGUUGGAACUUCCCUUUAACAGCUUUAAUGUUAUGAAAUGGUGACUUUUUUCUAAUUUGGACCAAAAAUCAACUAAACAAAAUUGCUAAUAAAAAUCAACGAUUGCUUUGAAAUCUUGAUUUUCCUCUCAAGCUGUUAAUAUUUUCACACUAACAAAAUCAGACCCUGACAAUCAUAAUUUUUCUGGCCCUGAUUUUAUUUUUGACCUCGAAAUGGUUCGAGAAUCUAGAAAAAUUAAUUAAUCAUUCUAACAAUCUAAAUAUCAAAUCCUAAAAAAUAUUGGAUCACCCUUUAUUUCAGUUGAUAUUUUAGCCAUUAAUAACCCUUAACUCUUAAACCACCUGUAUUAAAUAUUCUUCCAAAUUAGCAAAAAUUUAAAACUAAAAGAGCAAUAAAUAAUUUUGGUAUGCUAGCAGAAUUUUAAUUUCACCCUGAAGCGCAUUAAAAUGAUGUUAAAUUUAUUCCUUAAGUCUGUUGCCACCCCUCAUUUAAAUAAACUGUUCCGCAGAUGGAGAGGGAGUUUCUUUGUAAAUCUCUGUUUGAUCGAUGUAUGUGAACUCUUGUAUAAUGCGAAGGACGCGCUCCACUGAAAUAAAAGGUGGAUGUUUAAUAUAAACUGUAUAGAAGCCGA